AUGAAAGAGCAAGGGAUAGAAACCAGCAUCACGCGUCAAGCCGCCGACCCCGCCGCGUUCUUCCGAAGCGGCGACUGGUCGCAGAAGUCGGUAGAGGCAAAGGCGCCCAAGGUCUUGAAGAUGCAGGAACACUCGACUGCUGUGCGCAUCCAGGCUCUCGCGCUGGCCGAGGCGAACAUUUCCUCGGAGAGAAUACAAGAGGUCACCGGUAUGGAUCCGAAGACACUGGCCGGGUUGCGGAAGCUGGCGCGUGAACGCGGCUACGACCCAAACGUCUCCAUGCAACUCAAGGAAGAGUAUGUGUUAGAUCCGCCGAACGCAAAUCGUCCCCGAGGCCGUCCUAAGAAGAGAAAGCCCGAAGACGAACUUGAUCCGGCGCUGACCAGUCUUCCCGACCCUGGCCCCCGAACUGCUUCUGAGUUCACUCCGCGCCGGGAUAAUCUGCCGCCAGGACAUUGGGACUUCAUGGCUGCUACGGCCAGUGGCUACACCAUGACCUAA